CAAGAGUUUCUUGAGGACAAAGAAAGUUUCGGACACUAUCAAUAGUUACCAGCAACGCGUACGUGCGAUCAAGGAUGAUUUUAUCAUUCGUAUUCCAUUGACUCGCGUUUCGUUAUUGCAGACAUCAAAGAUGGAUUAAAGACCAGUGCAGAUGCUCUUACUAGCCCCAUCGAGACGUCACAACGGCAUGCCAUGUCUAACAUUGACAAGCAUGCAGAUAGGAUAUACGAAGAGAUACAUACGUGGGGUGUUUUGCAUAGCAAGAAGACCGACAAGCUUAGCGCGGACAUCCAGACAUUGAAGGAACGGGGCUUGUACAAAGGAUUUGCACUUUAUUCUUCUUGUACGAGGAAUCCACUGAUUGAUCGCGUGUCGAUUACAGAUUCGAGAUGUCCUUCCAGGGGAUAUCUAUUUGAGAGAGAACUCCUUAAUCCUUCAGAUCGCCUACACCCACUAGACAAUGCUUUAGUGUUUACUGAUUAUAAAGCCGACGUUAAUAACAGUAACACGCCCAAAAUUGUUCACGUAUAUCGACGUUUCCACAGCAAUGAACAAGAUGCCACGACCGUGCACCAGAAUAUUGCCCAGGUCUUCGGUGUAUGCGGCUCUACGGAUUUCACUGCCGUUAUAUUUCAUGGCUUCACACGACACUCGAUCUCCAACUAUUGUGUAUCCUUUACUGCAACUCAGUUGUUGCACUUCUAUACACAACUAUUCAGUGAUUUAGAGGUUACCUCAGUAGAUUUUACCAUACAUCUCCGCAGGGUUGGAUGCACUAUGUGUCUAAGGAUGAGAAUCUCAGUAAUGUAUAUGUCAAUGAACAAGGUCGCUUCGUACUGUCAGGGCUCGCAUUUCACUAUUUUAUUGGCCUCUAUUCGGUGGAUAUAGUUCAGGAUGGCGAAGCAGUUCGACUCGAGUGACGGAAUCGAUGCUGCGCUCUGAUUCAAUCAGAGAAUGGAACUGGCUGAUGCAUCGCGAUGCCUGUACGAUGGGAUACAACCCUAUACUUCAGUUUGAAUGCCCCUGCGGUCCCGGUAGCGUGUUUACGGACAGUGCCAUAUGAUUCU